ACCUUCAGCACAGCCCGACUGCCGCCCCCCUUCUUAAGACUUCUUUCACGCACCAUGUCAACCAUAUAUCUUAUCCCUUUCCCUCCACUCUCGCCUUUCCCAUCCUCGUUCCCAUCCUCUUCUCCCCUUACUCGUUCCUAUCCGGCCUUCCCCCCCCUAUUCACCUCCCUCCAGCCUGCCUUCCACUUAAGCAAGCACUUUACUAACUUCCUUCCACCAAACUACUUAGUCAACAACUCAACAAACUCCUACUCCUCCUCCCCCUCCUCCAACAGCACCAGCAGCAACUCUAUCAAUUACUCCGCUUACAAAGACACGUACGGCUCCGCCAACGGCAACACCCCGAUGGAUCGGUACAAGGAGCAGAGCCGCUAUGACGAAGGGUGGAACUCGCACCAUGUUACUAGCGGUGGGAGUGGUGGGGGUUAUGGAGGUGGGUAUGGGAAGAAGUAGGUACCUAGGUACCUAGUAAAUUGCAGGAUGGAUGAGUUGGAGGAAUGGAGGGGGAACUGGAACGGUUGAAGGGGGUGGUGAUAUAGCGCUGGUCUUAUUUGGUCCUGGUGCUAUGGAAACCGCGGGAGCAAGAGGCGGGCGUGCGGCUUUCAUGGUUGGUGAAGUGGAGGAAUGGAUGGAGAGAGGGAUGCUGGGAUUGAGAUGGAGGCCAAGGCUGAGGCUGGACCUCGCUUUGGGUGGGUACCUUACCCUUUAUGCCCUCUUUGGUCGAGUAUUAUGGGCAGGAGGCUCAUUGGCAUGGGCUGGGGAUCACGAUCUGGUCUGGUUUGGUAACAUGUUCCUUUGUUCGAUAGGAAGGUUUGGGAUGGCUUGGGUUUUGUGGAUUUCGGGUGUUGGUGGUGUUUAUGCUGUUUGGCCAUGGUUAUCGAUUAUCUCUCAUGCUUGUCGGACAGUUGGUUGCGUUGGUACUGUUUUUGGGCGUUUCAUUGGAUUCCAGGCCGGUUGCUCAGUCCUGUUUGUUAGGUUCCUCUUGUUCAAUUACGAUUAUUUCCUCUUUUCCACGGGCGAUAAGGUGUGUGCCGCAGGGCAAGUUACCUAGAGGUACCUAGCUUGGAGUUGUAAGCCGUGAGCGGAAACAAGGAAAAUGACUGGGAAAGCAAGCUUGUGAAGCCGGAAACAGG